CUGAAGCCCCUGUGACUCUGGAGGAACCGGGGGUCAGGGGAGAGGCCAGGGACUUGUGCCACGAGGAACUCAGAGCCAGAAGGCCCCAUUCACUGGAAGCACCAAGAGAUGCGGCCCCCUCGCAGGGCCUGAAUUUCCUGCUGCUAUUCACAAAGAUGCUUUUUAUCUUUAACUUCUUGUUUUCCCCACUUCCAACUCCGGCACUGAUCUGCAUCCUGACCUUUGGAGCCGCCAUAUUCCUGUGGCUGAUUAGCAGACCUCAGCCCGUGUUGCCUCUUGUUGAUCUGAACAAGCAAUCGGUGGGACUCGAGGGAGGAGCACGGAGAGGCCCUUCCCAGGGCGAUGACCUGAUACGCUACUACUUCUCAGAUGCCAGGACGAUGUAUGAAGUUUUCCAAAGAGGAGUUGCUGUGUCUGACAAUGGGCCUUGCUUGGGAUAUAGAAAACCAAACCAGCCCUACAGAUGGCUGUCCUACAAACAGGUGUCUGAUCGAGCAGAGUACCUGGGCUCCUGUCUCUUGCAGAAAGGAUAUAAGCCAUCACAAGAACACUUUGUUGGCAUCUUUGCUCAGAAUAGGCCAGAGUGGGUCAUCUCUGAGUUUGCUUGUUACACAUACUCCAUGGUAGCUGUCCCCCUGUAUGACACCUUGGGAGAAGACGCCGUCACAUACAUUGUCAACAAGGCUGAUAUCGCCGUGGUGAUCUGUGAUACGCCCCAAAAGGCAUUGGCCCUGAUUAGCAAUGUGGAAAACGGCCUCACCCCGGGCCUGAAAUUGAUCAUCCUCAUGGAUCCCUUUGAGGACGACCUGAAGAAGAGAGGGGAGAAAUGUGGAGUUGAGAUCUUAUCCCUGCUUGAUGCUGAGAAUUUAGGCAAAGAGAACUUCAAGAAACCUGUGCCUCCUGCACCAGAAGAUCUGAGCAUCAUUUGCUUCACCAGUGGGACCACAGGUGACCCCAAAGGAGCCAUGUUAACCCAUGAAAAUAUCGUUUCAAAUGCGGCUGCUUUUCUCAAAUGUGUGGAGUAUACUUUUGAGCCCAGUUCUGAGGACGUGACCAUAUCCUACCUCCCCUUGGCUCAUAUGUUUGAGAGGGUUGUACAGGCUGUUGUGUACUCUUGUGGAGCCAGAGUUGGGUUCUUCCAAGGAGAUAUUCGGCUGCUGCCUGAUGACAUGAAGACCCUGAAGCCCACAGUCUUUCCCGCGGUUCCCCGACUCCUUAACAGGGUCUACGAUAAGGUACAAAAUGAAGCCAAGACACCCUUGAAGAAGUUCUUGUUGAAGUUGGCUGUUGCCAGUAAAUUCAGUGAAGUGAAAAAGGGUAUCAUCAGACGCAACAGUGUCUGGGACAAGCUCGUCUUUGCAAAGAUCCAGGAAAGCCUGGGCGGGAAGGUUCGUUUCAUGGUCACCGGAGCUGCCCCCAUCUCCCCUCCUGUCCUGACGUUCCUCCGGGCAGCAAUGGGAUGUCCGGUAUAUGAAGCUUAUGGUCAAACAGAAUGCACUGCUGGCUGUACAAUUACAUCACCUGGGGAUUGGAAAUCAGGCCACGUUGGAGUCCCCAUCGCCUGCAAUCAUGUGAAGCUGGAAGAUGUGGCUGAUAUGAACUACUUUGCAGUGAACAAUGAAGGACAGAUCUGCAUCAAGGGCACCAAUGUGUUCAAGGGAUACCUGAAGGACCCUGAGAAGACAGAGGAAGCCUUGGACAAGGAUGGCUGGCUUCACACAGGAGACAUUGGCCGCUGGCUCCCGAAUGGAACUCUGAAGGUCAUCGACCGAAAAAAGAACAUUUUCAAGCUGGCCCAAGGAGAAUACAUUGCUCCAGAGAAGAUAGAAGAUAUCUACGUCAGGAGUAGCCUGGUGUUGCAAAUUUUUGUACAUGGGGAAAGCUUAUGGUCAUUCCUGGUGGGAAUGGUGGUUCCUGACCCAGAUGUGCUUCCCUCAUUUGCAGCCAAACUUGGGGUGAAGGGCUCUUUUGAAGAACUGUGCCGAAACAAAGUUAUAAAGGAAACCAUUUUACAAGACUUGCAGAAAAUUGGGACAGAAGGUGGCCUUAAAUCCUUUGAACAGGUCAAACGCAUCUAUCUUCAUCCAGAGCCAUUUUCCAUUGAAAAUGGGCUCUUGACACCAACCUUGAAAGCAAAGAGGGGAGAGCUUGCCAAAUACUUUCGGACUCAAAUCAACAGUCUGUACGAGAAAAUCCAGGAGUAGGUUAAGGUACUUAUGGCUGCGAGGGGCUCAGAGGUAGCCUGCCUUGUGGGAAUAUGGAUUAAAAACUAAUCUUACGUU